AGCGGCGACGGCAGGGCAAAUUCCAGCCAUUCCGGCGUCUAUUUGGGAAGAAGAAAAGGAGAGAAGCAGAACGUGGGUUUGAGGGAACUGAACUUAAACCUAGUCAUUCCACCGAUGAUGUCUGCAAUGGAGUGGACUCAGUUAACCAAGAGAAUGAUCAGUAUUUAAGGGAGUCAAACACCCUAGGGUCCCGAGCUUUUUCACACGAGAGUGUAUUUAUCCCUGAGGACUCUGAGAAGACACAUCCAGGACAGACAAUGUCCCAGGAGAACGUUUCCGACAAAGUCAGGAACAUCCAGAGGCAAAUUGGACAUAAUAUAAAAUUUGGUCAGAGACCCCCUUCACUUAGAAAGAGUGAGGGAGAUGAAGGCAGCUCAGAUGAAGAAGAGGUACCGCAAAGCCCAUUGAGAGUUCUUGCUCAAGUGGAGAAUGAGCCACCAGAGACAUCAGCCAAGGAAAAACCUGUCAGCCAUGACACUGUCCAGCACAGAACUCCAGUCAAAUCCCCACGCACCAAGCGCCCACCUCCCCCAGGCACAAUUGAGUCUAUCAAUCUAGAUGCUGUCCCUCAGUCUGUCCCACGCUUGGACAACACUGCUGCCAAACACAAACUGUCUGUUAAACCGAAGAACCAGAGGGUGUCUCGUAAACACAGAAGAUUCACACAGGAGUUUCAUGAAGAUGAUUUCUCUGAAAUUCAAGAAGAGUUUGAAAAGGAUGAAGAAGUGUUUGAUUCAUCAAGAGAGGACUAUAGUAUUAUCCAGAGAAGUAAAGAAGAUUAUGAACCUACCGAAAAAUCGCAGAGGCAACGGUUUCAUGAGAAGGAGAAAGAACACCUUGAGAUUAAGAAAAGAGAACAAGAGGAAGAGAGAAAGAAGGAAGAACACCGGAGGAUGAUUGAGGAGCAGAGGCUAGAAGAAGAGAAGCGACGCAGACAGGAGGAGGAAAGGCUGCAAAAGGUGGAAGAGGAGAGAAAGCAACGAGAGGAAGAAGAGAGGAAAAAAAGGGAAGAGGAAGAAAGGAGGAGAGAAGAGGAAGAGCUAAGAUUACGACAUGAAGAGCGAAAGAGACAAGAGGAGGAGGAAAGAAUGAGGAAAGAAGAAGAGGAAAGAAGAAGAGCAGAAGAGGAGAGAAGGCAGCAGGAACUUAUGGCAGAGUGUCUUCGUUUGGAAGAGGAAAGAAAAAGGGAACAGGAAGAGAGAAGGAGAAAAGAGGAGGAGGAGGCAGAGAAACACAGGAUUCAAGAGUUACAAGAGAAAAGGCAGAGAGAGGAGGAGCAACGCAUUCGUGAAGAAGAAAGAUGUCGACAAGAGGAAGCAGAGAGGAAAAGACUAGAGGAAGAGGAAAGAAAGAGACAACUGCAAGAAGAGAAAGCUGGAUCUACUGACCCCGAAUGGAAAAGAAAAGCAGAGGAACUGAGAUGGAGAGAGAUGGAGGAGAGACAGAGACCCUUCACUUUUAAAGUCUCUUCGGGCGAGAAGCAGAUACUCUUCCAGAAGGUCAAUCUCACGCCUGUUACUCCAGCAACUGGUCAACAGGGUGAAGCAACAGCUGAAACCUGGGAGGGAGCUAAAGCUUCUUCACCAGGAGGCACAGAUUCACCAACUCUGUCUUCAUCUCUUUAUGUCCCACAUACUGCAAUUCUUGUGACCGGAGCCCAGCUUUGUGGAACUGCAGUCAAUCUCGAUCAGAUCAAGGACACAGCUUGCAAGUCACUCCUUGGCCUUUCUGAAGGCAAAAAGGCCAUGGGCACUCCUCCAACCAAGAGCAAGACAUCUCCAGAUCGUAAAUCUGGAAAAACCAAAUCCUUAUUAGAGUCUUCCUUGUCUACAGAUCAAUCCAAUGCUGCUGUCCUGGCAGAAUGGGCAAGUAUUCGGUCCAAAAUUUUUAAAGGUGCUGAAGAGGGAAAAUAUCCUGAAUACGCAGAUCAGAGUCGCAGGCCAACAAGUGAGGAUCUAAAUACAGUGCCAUUCUCUCACACCAACCUCAGGAAAACAAUGUCAGCCAGUGCUAAGUUUUCCAUCACGCCAGCCAGAAAGAAAUUUGCUGAGCCUAACAGGAACUCUGAGAUUUUUGGUCAGGAAGAAGGUGUGAAAACAGAAUCUGCAUCUACAGAAACACCCCCCGUCCAAAAAGAGUUGCCCUCUUUAGGUAGCAAGGUCCAGAGUAGGGGAAGCAAGCUUGUCCGCAUAGCAGAUGAAGAGUGCAUGUUUGCCAAAGACCUCCCCUCAUUCCUUGUUCCUAGUCCACCACAUGGAUCUCCCAAGUCCCAGAGAUCUGAGACUGGUUCCCCAAUUCAGGCAGAAUCAGAGGAUUCAGAUGCAAAAGACGAAGAUGGGGAACAGAAAGCCCAGGGUGGUGAUGAGCAGCCAUCCCCUUUUGGAAUUAAAUUGAGAAGAACAAACUAUUCUCUUCGCUUCCACAAUGAACAAUCUGCAGAAAAGAGGAAGAAAAGGUACAGUGCAGGAGACAGUUUUGAAGGUGUCCCAGUGCCUCUGACAGCCAUUGACCAAGACUCUGACAAUUCUACACUCUCUGAAAAGUCUAGCCCUAUUUCUCCACAACAAGAGAAUAUUGAAUUUCAAACCACAGUCACAGCCAGUAAAGAAUCUCGAAGUAAGUUUAGCAGAAGUACUCUCCAUUUGACACGCACCGAAGGUGACAACAUGUCCCCCAAACCUCCACUUUACCAAAAACCUGCUACCUCCCCCAAACCAUCUGAAGGUCCCACACCUCUACUUUCUCCUCUUCCAAAACCUGGUAGAAGGACUUCAGGAGACACAAUUUCACAAAGGACUGGGGAAGCAGAACAGGUAGCUACUGAGCAAAGCAGUGACCGUAAAGAAGGAGUUACAGCAUCUGUACCAUCACAGAAAAAUGGAGAGGAGGAUCUUAAAGAAAAGAAGUCAUUUUUUCCAUCCAUCAGCAUCCCAUGGAGAGAAAAAACAGAUCGCAGAACAGAACUCAUUAAAAAAGAAAAACCAUCUCUGCAGGCCAGGCAUUCUCUGGACAGCUCACGGUCACAGGACAAAGAGACAGGACCACUUUGGAUCACUCUGGCACUUCAAAAACAGAAAGGCUUUAGGGAACAGCAGCAAAACCGAGAGGAAAGGAGGAGCCAGAGAGAGGCUAAACUGGCAGAGAAACAAGCUAGGGACAGAGAAAGUGCUGGAAACAGUCCCACAGAGGAUAAAGGCAAUGGGAGCUCCAGCAUCAUAUCCAAGCCUCAAACAGCAGAUGAGAAUAAAAGACCAGACACACUUCUGGCUCGCUUUGAGCGACGUGACAACUUGAAGAAAGCCAAUACCUUGCCCAGCUCAGUCACAGUUGAAAUAACAGACUCUACACCAUCGCCGCCAGCAACAAAGGAUGUGACAAAGCGCUUCCCUCCUGGUGACACUACCCAGGUUUCGACUGAGCCUGCAUGGCUUGCCCUAGCAAAGCGUAAAGCCAAAGCCUGGAGCGACUGCCCACAAAUCAUCAAGUGAUCCGUUACCAUUGACCAAGAAAAAAGCAAAUAAGUCUACUUCAUCCACAUCAGUUAGCCAUCACUGCACUCCAGCUCACCUAUGGCUCUAAACAAAAGGUCCAUUAUUCACCUUGAAGCAGGCAUGUCUGGACAACUGGUCUUUUAGUAAAGAAAACAUGUUUUUUUCCAGAAUAUAUCUAUUUUGCAUAUUUCAGUUUAUUUCAUCAGAUGAUCAGAUGUCAAGCAUCAAACAAGCCCUAGAAUCUUCAUCGAGAGGUUAAAGCCCUUCAAAUAUCUAAGGUCAUCAGUAGUCCUGUUAGCAGCGUAAAUGCACAAUGCAUGUCAAACUGUUGAUCCUAGAUAUUACUAAAACAAUAUGAGCGGUUCACAUUCAGUAACGCGUUUCAAAUAAGACGUUAUGUUAUUGCUUUGGUGACAAUUCUGGGAUGCAAUUCAAGGGCUAAUUAUAACACAACUGAUCAAACCUUCACCAGUUUCACUCCUCGCUCCCACAAGCAUAAAAAUCAGAGAAACAGUUUUGUAAUUUUCUUUGAGAGCUGUUUUUCCAUGCAUACACUCGAAUGAGUUGGCGCUCAAAAACUAGCAGAUGGACAGACAUCACUUUUUUUUAUUUCUUAACUUAUAUUUGAUAUCUUGGCAAAGUAAAAAGAUCUUCACUGUGUCCGUGACAACUGUGAGUAACGUCAUUUUAACUAUUGCUAAAAAUCAUCAUGACAACGACACGUCAGCACUGUUUACUCAUGUAAUUAACUAACAUUGAAUUUUUCCUUCAAGUUUCCAUGAAGUAGUAUAUAUGCACUUGAGCCGUGCUGUCAGUCGAAAAAAAGUGUCUAUACCCGCCUGUUUACGUAGAAUUGGGCACCUGCUUGCUGUAUUAUAAACGAAGCUAUCCUGGCGUAGCGUGUGCUAGCAUCACUUUUACCGCUAAUUAACAAAUCCUGCGACACUGCUUAGUGAUUGGAGAUCGGUGUUUCAAAUGCAGCAUCCCGGGGGAAUAAGAACAAGAGGUCCCUUACAAAAAAGGGAGCAAGAAUAGACUAUUAACAGACAUCCCCUCUACGUCCUUGAGGCAGCUAACCCCAGAUUGCUCCAGGAGGGAUUGCCCUUGUAGGUGAACUGUAAGCCACACUGGAUUAAAAAAGCAUCUGCUAAAUGAAGGAAGUUAUCGAACAGAAGCCUUGAUCUUUCAGCAGACUCCACUAUCUAAUGUAAUGUUGUAUGUAUGUAAUGUAUGUAUGUAUGUAUAGAGGUGAAAUGAAACAGACUGUAUUCCACUGGAGAUCUCCUGAACUGCAGUCGCGUCACUUUGUUUUUACAUUGGUUGUGUGCAAUAGUGUAGCGUAAACAGUGUUGUAUGUGAUACGAAACAAAACAAUUGUUGAUAAUUGCACUUUUUUUGGUUCCACUUUAGAAAAAUCCAUUAAAGAAAAGGUGACGCAAAAUGUUAUGAUAUAUGUAGAGUAAAUUAAAAGAAGCUGUUUGAA